AUGGCCAAGGAAGGCGUGGAGAAGGCGGAGGAGACGGAGCAGAUGAUCGAAAAGGAGGCAGGCAAGGAGCCGGCCGAGGGCGGCGGCGGCGGCGGCUCUCACCGCCUCGGGGACGCCCAGGAGAUGCGCGCCGUGGUGCUGGCCGGCUUCGGGGGGCUCAACAAGCUGCGGGUCACCAGGAAGGCCAUGCCCGAGCCGCAGGACGGCGAGCUCAAGAUCCGCGUCAAAGCCUGUGGUUUAAACUUCAUUGACUUGAUGGUGCGCCAGGGGAACAUCGACAACCCUCCCAAGACCCCCCUGGUGCCAGGAUUUGAGUGUUCUGGGAUUGUCGAAGCCCUGGGGGACAGUGUUAAAGGAUUUGAGAUCGGGGACCGUGUCAUGGCAUUUGUCAAUUACAACGCCUGGGCAGAGGUGGUGUGCACGCCUGUGGAAUUUGUCUACAAGAUCCCUGAGGACAUGAGCUUCUCUGAGGCCGCUGCCUUCCCCAUGAACUUCGUCACCGCCUACAUGAUGCUCUUCGAAGUUGCCAACCUCCGAGAAGGGAUGUCUGUGCUCAUACACUCGGCUGGCGGUGGCGUGGGCCAAGCCGUGGCUCAGCUGUGUUCCACUGUCCCCAGCGUGACUGUCUUUGGAACGGCUUCUACUUUCAAGCAUGAAGCCAUCAAGGACUCCGUGACCCACCUCUUGGACAGAAAUGCAGACUAUGUGCAGGACGUGAAGCGAAUCUCUGCUGAAGGAGUGGACAUUGUUUUGGAUUGCCUCUGUGGGGACAACACCGGGAAAGGCCUCAGCCUUCUCAAACCACUGGGGACCUACAUUUUAUAUGGUUCAUCCAACAUGGUGACUGGGGAGACCAAGAGCUUCUUCAGCUUUGCAAAAUCAUGGUGGCAAGUCGAGAAGGUGAACCCCAUCAAGCUAUACGAAGAGAACAAAGUCAUCGCUGGGUUUUCCCUUCUAAACCUGCUCUUCAAACAGGGCCGUGCUGGCCUCAUUCGGGGAGUGGUGGACAAGCUCAUUGCACUCUACAACCAGAAGAAGAUCAAGCCCGUGGUGGACUCUCUAUGGGCCCUGGAGGAGGUGAAGGAGGCCAUGCAGCGGAUCCACGACCGAGGGAACAUCGGCAAGUUAAUUCUGGAUGUAGAAAAGACCCCGACCCCACUGAUGGCCAACGACAGCACGGAGACCAGUGAGGCGGGCGAAGAGGAAGAGGACCACGAAGGAGACAGUGAGAACAAGGAGAGGAUGCCCUUCAUCCAGUAGCCGCGACCCAGGCGGGAGGAUGUGAGGGAUGCUCUGGGAGAAGAGGAUCCAGCUGAGAAAACUCUUCUGUGCCCCAGUGAACAAAUGCUGUAGUCCAGUGCGUGUUGUGUUUGUCUGCUGUCAGCUGAGCUAAAAAAAAAAAAGCUGUUGAUCACUGUUGUUUUUGAAAUUAAGUGCCAAGCUCAUACACACAGUAUUAUGUCCCUCCCCCAUGUGUAUUUUACACUCUGCCCUCUUCUCUGUUUCAAAACCAUCCAUCUUUGGGUCCUUCUCGACAGUUCUAGAACAACCUUGGAAAUCGAUACGAGCCCACAGGUCUGUUGCUUAAGAGGCCAGAUGUGGGCAAAGACGAGUUUGGGUUGAAAGAUGUUAUCACAGAGCACCGUCCAGAUCCGAGACUUCUUUGGGCCAGUGAUCCUUUUUGCUGCCAGCCGCCCAUGCUUCCGACAGGAGCACUUGCCAGUUUGGCCGGCAGAAAGAGGGUAGGCCGGGAGAGGUUUUCACGAGCCCAUUAACUGGAGGAUCUCUCCAAGUCGUACUGUCCUUCUUCCCACUGAAGAGGCAACCUCUUCACCUUCAUUCAGGUGUUUCAUGGUCAAAAGGUUGAGAGACCGUCCUGCCACCCUCUGAUGCUCAACCCCUUCACCAGUUCUUCACCACAAACACAGGAGAAGAGAGGUGCAUUUUUCAGGACAGAAGAUGGGUCAACAGCAAACGUGUGAGGACCAGCCACAGGGAUUCCUCCUCUGAAACCACAUCACGAGAGCAAAACCCCCUCCCUGCUCUAUAGGUUUCAUUUUAAGAAAAGGCACCAGGUGUAGGGCUAUUUCAGAGUCAUUCCUGAGACCUGCCUCUGUCUGUACACUUGCUAUGGCAUUACCCUUCUUGCUAUUUUCAUUUCCAGGUACUGAAUAACCACCUUUACCGUAGAUUCCUCUCCUCCCCCAGGGAAGACCUCCUUUGUGGACCCUAUUUGAGGGGGAAAAAAUCAAUGAGUAUCUUUUUUCUUGCCAAAGCAUGUUUAUACAUGUAACAAACUCUAGUGAUACAAAAGGUUGAUGUUUAUUAUCUGAUACCAAAUGUGUGUUCCUCUCCUCUGAAAUAUAAAAUCAUGGUGCAGACUCUUUGCAAGAUCAUGCUUUUCAGAAAUCAGGGGCCAAACUACUCGAUCGCACACCCUUGAUGAACUUUCCAGCUCCCAAAUUCCUAAGGAGCCCACCCCCUAGCCCCACCCUGCUUGACAUGGCUUGAGGCGAUCAAUUCCUCUGGAGGAAGAGAAAGAGAGUCAGUGAAUCCCUGGAGAUGGGUGGGGGAGGUUCCUCAUCACCUUCUCCCAGUCCUGUAGGCCGUCACUAGCAAGCCAAGCUGGAGACACAGGAGCCCACACGGUGAGCACCCUGACUCACUUGCCUUCUGCAAGACACCAGAGGGCUCCCGCAUUGCCCGAUCUCUCCACCACUGAGCCUUAGGGUAGAACCCACUCUUCCCCCAAGUGAUGGCAAUGAACGCAUCUCAGCAAUUACCUGUUUUAUUCCCUAAGUCCUUUGGAACAAAUGUCACCUCCCUGAACAUGUGCUUUUUUCCCAUCUUAAGCUUGUGAUGAUGACUUAUUUAUGCCAAAUAGUUAUCUGAAAGAAGUGUCUCCUCAUUGUAUGUACACGUAAGCUAUGAAGAUGAGAAAGGGUGAUGCCAUCUGGUGGGCAAAGGGACCCAUGUAUCUCAAAAGAAGACGGCAGCAUCAACUUCUCUUCCCACCCCAGGACACGUCAGUAUUCCAGGUCUUGGCCACUUUAGAAAGAUAACAUAGAGGUUGUGUUCCCCCCUCUCCCAACACGUUUGCUAAAUGCUGUGCUACUGGUCACGUUUCUCCCACUGCCAAGUGUUCCAUGAGGUCUUAAGAAGAGCUGCUACCCAAGUGACAUUCCUGGUGAGCUAGACAGAAAUGGCAUUUUCUUGGGCUGGGGGAGGACAGACCCGUGAGCAUCUCAGGUCUCUCCUCUGGCUGGGGAGACAGAGCUCUCCAUUCAGAAGCCAAAUGCCUUCGUUAUGUCCAGUGGAUUAGCAUGAGAAGACCUUCCUCCCCAAGUCUGUUUUUUCAACUUUAAUCACAAAUUGUGCUGGUGAGUUAAAUAAAACCCUUUUGUCUCCUUGAAAUACAGAAUGAGAAGAGAAAACUAGUGUAUGACCCAUAAGAUCAACUAAUGCUGUGAAGACCCGGGGGAAAAUUAAAGUACCAAAAUUCACCAUUUAACACUCUUGUUUGAAGCAUCUUCGCUGUCACAUGAUUAUUUUCCUGAAGGAAGUGUACAGAAUGUCUCAGGUUGCCUUAAAGGAACUGUGAAGGCUUCUCCAUAAUUUAAGAUUGAUUGGAGGGAACUGAAACAUUGUCUAAUGUAUUUGUGGCUUUAGAGCUUUUGUUAUAUUGUGCCUACAAAGCAAAUUAUGUUUACAUUAAAAAAUAUAAAUAAAAGUAUUCAGCAUAGCAUAA